CAAAUUAGUCAGCUGUUCACUGCUGAUUUGUUUUUUGACAUUUCUUUUAUUAAAUAUCCGUCACCAAAACAAAUCAAGUCGCACGUGUUUAGAGCGCUGCGUUUGCUCUAAAAAAUAUCAUUAAAUUGUUCUUUUAUUGAAAAUAAAUUAGCAAAAUGGGUAAGAAAAACGACGACAUAGACUUGCCCGGCUUUCCUUCUAUGGAUAGUUUUGGUGGUGCCGAUAAUGCGGAUAAUGUAAAAGGCAAAAGUAAAUCUAAGAAAAGCGGCGGCUUUCAAUCGAUGGGGCUUUCCUUCGACGUGCUUAAGGGUAUAACGAAACGUGGCUACAAAAUACCAACACCUAUACAGCGCAAGACCGUGCCAUUGAUACUCGAAGGUCGUGAUGUCGUGGCUAUGGCUAAAACUGGCUCAGGCAAGACUGCUUGUUUCCUCAUACCCAUGUUUGAAAAAUUGAAGAGUCGUGAACCCACUAAAGGAGCGCGUGCACUAAUUCUAUCACCCACACGUGAAUUGGCUGUGCAGACUUAUAAAUUUAUAAAGGAGUUGGGACGUUUUAUGGAUCUGAAAACGAUUUUAGUGCUUGGUGGUGAUUCUAUGGACUCGCAGUUUUCUGCUAUACACACUUGUCCAGACAUUAUAGUCGCUACACCAGGUCGUUUUCUGCAUUUGUGCGUUGAAAUGGAUUUGAAAUUGAAUUCAGUUGAAUAUGUGGUGUUCGAUGAAGCAGAUCGUUUAUUUGAAAUGGGUUUUGGUGAACAGCUGAAUGAAACCUUGCAUCGUUUGCCAGCAUCUAGACAAACCGUACUCUUUUCCGCAACACUUCCUAAACUCUUGGUGAAUUUUGCACGCGCAGGCCUAAACGAUCCAGUUUUGUUGCGUUUAGAUGUUGAGUCAAAAUUGCCGGAAGGUCUAAUGCUCAAAUUCUUAUAUUGCCGUCCUGACGAACGUUAUACCGCUUUGGUUGUGUUGCUCAAAUAUGUAAUACCACAAGAUGCGCAAACUGUAGUCUUCGCUGGCACACAACAUCACGUAGAAUUGAUAUGCUACAUUCUCACCAAAUGUGGUAUUUCCAAUACGGCAGUGUAUUCCAGUUUAGAUCCCGCAGCGCGUAAGAUUAACACAGCCAAAUUUGUUAAUAAGAAAGUGUCUGUGCUCACUGUAACCGAUGUGGCGGCGCGUGGUAUUGACAUACCGAGCUUGGAUUAUGUGGUAAAUUUACAUUUCCCUGGAAAGCCGAAAUUGUUCGUACAUCGUGUAGGACGUUGUGCGCGCGCAGGGCGCACCGGCACAGCCUAUUCGAUAUUCUCCACCGAUGAUGCUGCGCAUGUGCUAGAUUUGCAUUUAUUCUUGAAUCGUCAAUUCAAUAUAAAUGACAACAAAGCGGUGGGCAUUGCACCGCAGGAGUUAAUGGAGGAGGAGCAUCUGUCUGUGACAGAAGUGAAGAACAGUCAUGAUAUUGCUGGUGUGCUUCGUACAAGUGAAAACGCGUACAAAAAAUAUUUGUCGUCGCGUCCCGUGGCCUCAACAGAAUCGAAUGCGCGCAUUAAGAAAAUCAAAUUUUAUAGCUGCAAACACUUGGAUGAUUUUCAAGCAGCCGAUAUAUCGCUGAGACAGUCGCAAAACACAAGCGCCGAAAAUGAGAACAAGUCAAAGGAAGAGUUGCUGGCUGAAGAUCGUAAAAUACAGGAGGAGAAGCAGGAUUUGUUGUUGAAAAUGCGUAACUUUAAGCCUUCCACGACCAUUUUCGAACUGAAUCGCAGUCAAAAAUCGCUACCGUUCUCUAUAAUGAAAGACAAGCGCACCAAACAUACAAAUGUCAUUGAGAAGUACAGAACUAAGAUGGAUGAAAUUGAAAAGGAAGAAGCUAAUAAGCAAUUGGAAGCUGAAGAAAUGGAAGAAGUUGAUGAAGCCGAUGCAGAUGAAAUUAAUCAGGCCUUCAAUAAAAUUGUCGCACCAAAGAAGCGCAAAAACCUCGAGGAUCUUUAUAAAGACAAGAAGAAGAAAAAGAAGAAAACGCACGCUAAGGAUAGUGAAAAUUACAUUCCUUACCAGUCGGCGGAUAAACACACCGAAGAUGGACUGGCCAUCAACUCUUUCGAGCGUCAAGCUAUGAAUGCUGAAUUUUCGGUGGUCGAUCGUGAUAACAGCGCUGAUUACCGCCCCAAACCGGGCAUGAAGAAGUGGGAUCGUAUCAAGAAGAAAAUGGUUUCCGUGCAAGAUCCACGCGCUGGCAAAAUACGCACCGAAUCGGGUGCUUGGAUUCCAGCCUCAUUCAAGACAGGACGUUACAGUGAUUGGAAAGAGAAAUCUAAGAUCGAAGAGCAAUUGCAACGUGAAAAUGGCAGUGAUGAUGAUGGUUUCAAACCAUUAUCUCAUGAGAAACGUUAUCCAGUGGGACGACAUGCGCGUCAUAAUGCCAAGGUGGCUGCUAAGAAGCGUAUCGGUGGUGGUGAUAAAGAAUUGCGGCAUCCGGAGCAGAUCGUGAAGGCGCGCAUGCGUUUAGAAUUCAUUAAGAAACGUAAUGCUGAGAAUACCGAGCGUAAAGCGGAGAAUCGGAAACGUAGUAUGCGCAAAAAUCAACGUACUAAAGUGAAGAAAGGUGGCAGAAAGUAGUUGUAUAUUAUACAGACUUUAAGUUAGAAAAUUAUUGUACUCUUUUAUUGUAAUAAAAAUGAUGAAAA